ACAACAACAACAACGACAACAACAACUGCAACGAAACACAAACAUACUCGCACUGAUCACGUCUUAAAACGGGAAAAGAAGGUCAACAUGGGACCAAAGAAAGUCAGCAACUCCUUAAACAGUGCAACAAAAACUGAAGAAAAUCAGUCACAGCCACAGCCAGUGAAGAGGCAACGACCAGAUAGCAACAAGUCAUCAGUGAACAAUGUAGCCUCUUCAUCUAGUCCCAAUAGCAAGACAUUCCUAUUGGUUGCUUUGUCAUUGCUAGUGGCAACCACGGCAGUGAUACUCACCAAUGAUGAUGUGAAGAUGUUUCUAAUUCAGUUCACAUCUAUCGGGUCCAACACUUUGGAAGAGGUCGCCAAAUAUACAGAUAGUGCACAAUAUGUUGAGAAAGAGACGGACGCUGUGAGUGAAAAGUCUAGUCAAACACAUGAUAUAGGAAAAGACUCUGCUAAAAGUAGCGAGCUUCAUGCAUCCAGUCCUGUUGAAUCAGGUAGGAAAGGUGAAAAGCUUGAAGAAGAAUCAGAUGAUCGGGAAACAAGGGAAGGUGUGAAUAACAUUGCAACACAAUCUGUUAAAGUAGAUGAAGUCCUGACUGAAGGUUCUGAUACAAAAAAUGUUGAGAGAGAUCACACUAAAAGUGAUGAGGCAGAUAAGGAAAUCAAGAAAGAAUCCGAAGAAGAUCAAAAAGCGAAGUCAAAGAGGGAGUCUUAUGAAAACAGUGCCAUAACAAGCAAAGGAGAUUUCAAGAUAAGGAAGAGAUUGGACGAAGCUGAUAAAGCAUUACAGAUGGGUGAACUGAAAAAGGCUCUAGAUCUGUUUGAUGACAUCCUUAAGAACAAGUCACAGAGCCCAAGAGCUUUAUGGGGCAAAGGUCAGGUAUUAGACAAACUUGCUGAGCAACAGAAAAGCAACAAGAUGCUAGAGGAGGGCAUGGCAUUGAUGGACAAGGCCUUGAGGCUGUCAAAGACUCCCGAUCUGCUCCGCAUGAGGAUUGCAGAGAAAUUGGGCGAUCGGCAGGCAUUCAGAGGUUGGUCGCGCAAGGAAGCCGAAACUUGGAGGUACAUGAUGGAGCGUUACCCCAACAUGCCAGAGUUUCCACACAAACUGGGGACCAGCUACUUGAAAACAGGCCAAAACGAACUGGCUAGGGAACUAUUCACAAACCUAUUGAAGGAGAAUCCAGAAGACGGAUUUUCGUUGGUUCAUCUAGGUUUCAUUCUAAAAAUUACUGACCUGAACUACACAGGGGCCAUACCCAUGUUGCAAAAAGGCAUUGAUUCUAGACAGCCGGGCACUCUUGACGGUCGAUUCUUUUACCAUCUUGGCGAUGCUUAUAUGAGAACAAGCAAUAACGAAAUGGCACGUAAGGUUUAUCAAGAAGGCGCCAAUGCGGGGUUAUUUCUAUCUGCCGAUCAGCGAUCACUGUACAACGCUGAGACGAAGAUAACCGGUCGUCCAUGGUGGACACCAGCUGAAACCACGUACCUGAAAUAUCUAACGAUGUUGGAGAAUAAUUGGGAGACUAUUCGCGAUGAAGGUUUGGCGCAGCUGGAUCAGACGACAGGAUCGUUUAGUCCGGAGGAAGAGAACCUACGGGAAACUGGCGACUGGAAACAAUUUACUUUGUAUCAGAGAGGACGUAAAAACGAAAACCACUGCAGAAAGGUGCCCAGAACCUGUGCCCUACUUGACCAGAUUCCAGAAGCCAAUGGCUGCCGGCGAGGGCAAAUCAAGUACUCCGUCAUGCAUCCAGGGGUGCACGUGUGGCCUCAUACUGGGCCCACAAACUGUAGAAUUAGGGCCCACCUGGGGCUUAAGGUGCCGCAAGGGCCGAGGAUACGAGUGGGCAACGAGACCAGGACGUGGAAAGAAGGCAAGUUUAUCAUAUUUGACGACUCUUUCGAGCACGAGGUCUGGCACGACGGCAUCGACUUCCGGUUGGUCCUUAUCGUCGACUUCUGGCACCCGGAAAUUCCGGAACAUGAACGCCGCUCUUUGUCGCCGAUUUAAAUUGCUGCGGUGAUUCAAAAAAAAUUAUUAACGUCAUAUUUUACUUAUUCAUAAAGUCCAGUCAUACAAUAACAAUAUGUGUGUCUGUAUAGAAAUGACUUUCUCUUACAUGGGCAAAUUCAUAGAAAGGCAAAAUGACCAAUUUCAAAACGCAUGUAAUAGAUUCCUUAACGAAUGAUUGAUAAAUAUUUAAGACAUAAGGGCAGUCAUUUAUUUAAAUGUCACACAUUGUUUAGCAAGUGUAAUGGUCUUCAACGUUAUUUACAUGCCAAAUAGCAUAACACUUAAAAAAUUAUUUUUUAUCUUUUUUAGAUGUUUAUUUUACAAUUUCGCGUGUUAAACCUGUCUGCCUAACUCAGAGGUCAAUGUCACACUUAAUAGAGGUCAAAUGUUAAAGUUGGCCUGAACACAGCUUGUCCGGGCUGUAAAAGUGUCAUUCAUUUUACAAUUUUAAGAUAAUUUUUCACAAAUAAUUAAGCUAACUUUCCAUAAAUAAGCAUCAAACUCAGGGGUAAGACGUAAAGUUUAGCG